ACUGAAAAGAUCGGUUAGACCUCAAAACGAGAGAACAGGAAAUCAAGGAAAUCCGAAUUGUCGAACCAUGGAAGAGCUCAUUGAAAUGUUGUUGAGGACGCCAUCCAAGAAACGUGAUCUAUCUCGUAAGUCGUCCUUUGGCAGGCAUCCCAAGAUGACCUACAAGGAUCCGACCAGGGAUCUCAAACUAAUUCAGACUCUAUUUAAACCGAUUCGAGUGGUGCGGAAACCUCCCAUGUGGAAAGAAUUUCCUCCCAAAGUCAAAAAGUCGCAUACGCUACAGCAACAUCCUGAUCCACCAAUUAAAUUGCGGGCUUUCAAAAGAAGGAGACUUAUUUCAGAUUAGUACCCACCCCAAGUUGAACCCGUGGUGGUUUCAAAGGCCAAGCGAAAAAUUUCGGAUUGCUCUCUCGGUAUGGAAGAAAUCAAGCACUCGUAUGAAUGGCCUGAUGAAGUGAGCGUUACUCCUUUAAGCCUCAAGCGUGUUUCAACGGAAAACUAUGCUCCAAAUAUCAUAGUCAAUGACAUUUUGGAUGAUUGCAUCGAACAAGUGUGUUACCAAAGGGCCCCGAUCUUAACUCCAAACCCAGCCCAUGUUGAUCGUUCCGUGUCAGUUGAGGUUUUGACUUCAAUGCCAAUGGUUGAAGAAUUGAGGGACUGGGUCCAUCCCAAGAGAAGAUUUUCGGAUCUAGAUGAAGACUCAAUUGCGAAUGACUCUUUAAUCAAAGACAGACGGGACACUGUUAACGCAUUUUCUGAUGCUUCCCACUGUUCUGAGAAUGAUCUGAUGGAAUGUCAUUCUCCUUCAGACAGAAGGACAGAUUCAUCUGCUGUGUCCAUUUUGUCGGAUAAAGAAUUGGAAUUGGCUCCGUUUAAAGAUACAAUGUCGGAAGGCAAUGAGUUCCGGGGGGAAAUAUCAGCAUUUGGAAGAAGUUGUGAGGGCUCCUCUCUAGUUAAUGGAGAUAGCCGCUCGUCUGUUGAAUAUCCCCAAAUUGAGGAAGGGUUGCUAUUUAGUGAUCUCGAGUCUUGCGACAGUGGAAUAAAGUAUUCCAAGUAUUGGAGUAUUGCAAAAAGUGCCCGUAAAUCAGUCAUGAAUUGGAGGCCUAACAAUUGGCCAGAAAUCCUGAGUGAUGAAAGUUCUUCUCGUAUGAAAAAUAGCAUCCAAUCUUCUGAAACCCAACAGAACAUCAUUGCGAGCCGCCAAGUAGCUUCAACUUCAAUGAGUCCCGAAGGACUUAUUCAAGAUCCCAGUCUCAGCGUGGAAACAACGGUAACUCCAGUGAUGAGCGAUCUUUGCUUCUCGACAACUCCCACCGAUCAGAAACUUGGUUCGAGUCCCUGCUCGGACCAAUACACGAGUCGACACCAAUAUACCGGCCUCAAGAAUCGAGCCGUGCAAUCGUGCCCGAUGUUGCAAAACCAAGCAACUUCUUUCCCCAAUUCUCCUCUUAUCCCAAUAACCCCUACAUUAAAGAUGAGUCCCCCACGGAGCUCUGGUCGACGUCUUCCGACACCCCCUAUGAUAAAGACACCAUUGAGAACCGCUGCAAUCCCAAUCAAUACCUCUCAGAUGACUCCCAAAGACACAUUGAUGAUACCAUAUGCUCGAACUCCAAUAUAUCAGGAAGGCCUGGCCAAAAAUCGGCGUGUUUCUCCCAAAUGUCUCCCUCCAGUUCGGGAUCGUCCAUCCUUCAUGCUCCAAUAUCGAGAUCCCGGAUUCCCAGGCUGGAACUUUCUUCCUCCAACUCUGAAACAGGUCAGUCUUGGUCAGGAACACUUAGCCAAGAGUCCUUGCACGCGAGUGAUACUCCAAAAGAACCCUCGAAUGACCGAAAUGACCUGUUGGAACGGAGCGUUGAAGAUGUUCAAGAUCAUGAGGGAGUAGUUGUAUUCGCAAAAACCAAACGGAAAUAUGUGAAGAUCAGUGACCUGACCAAAGUGGUAUUCCCUGCCCGACGAAUCCAAAGUAAGAUUAAAGAGCAAAGUGGCAUGAGAACAAUGUUGAAAAGUGCGAUAUACAUGGCAUCUACUCUCCAAUACAUGGCUUCGGAAGUCCUUUUUGGGGCCCAUAGGAUAGCCCAAUCCCGUUCAAGGUCUCUCAUCAAGGCCAAAGAUAUCAAAAACAUUUUCAGCUGGGACUCUGAACUUCGAGAACUGACCAAAGAUGUCAUUUUACCCACAUACGCGUCCUGAUGAGCACCAAUAAUUUAAUCAACUGUUAUCAAUUGCAGUAAAUGAAUUUUUGAAUCUGUUGAUCGUCAUGACCUUAGCUUUUCUAAAAGGAAAGUACGAGUUGUGCGAUUCCUCGAUGCUCAUGAGAUAGCACUUGGUCACCUCGGGCUCUUCAGUGUCCUUGGUAAACACAACUACACAUUCCCAGCUGAUUACUAACAUCUCAAAUAAUAACGAAGAUCAAGUUUACGACGACUGCAGUCUAUGAUGCCUACUUACAGUCAAUGAUAAUUUAGCCAAGUAGGAAAUUGGACUUUGACCAUGAGCCAAGAGUUCUUUUCCGAGAUCCCCAAACCGAAGGAAUUUGAGGUACUAACCAAGAGAAUCCAGCAGUUUUGUGAAAAACAUGCCGACACGCCUCGGAUUGUUUUGGUAACAUCCGGAGGAACCACGGUUCCCUUGGAGAAGAACACGGUUCGAUUUAUUGACAACUUCAGUAUCGGCACCCGCGGUUCUUCCUCUUGCGAGUACUUUUUAAGCCAACCUUGCACAGCGGUGGUUUUUCUCCAUCGCGUCAACUCCUUGCGACCUUUCACCCGUCAUUUCACUAAUACCAAUUUCUUUGAGCUUCUUGUUCCAGGAGACGAUGGUCAGAUUAUGGUUUCCCAAGAGCACUUCCCGAAAGUCAAAAAGAACUUAGAGCGGUGGUCUCUGUGCCAAAAAGAUGGAUCUUUGUUAGAGGUCCCAUUCACAAGUCUAUCCGAUUAUCUUUGGAUGCUUCGCGUUUGCUGCGAGGCCUUCAAGCCCUUGGGAUCUAAGGUGAUCAUCUAUUUGGCAGCUGCGGUGUCGGAUUUCUACAUUCCCAACUAUGAAAUGGCCGAGCACAAGCUUCAAUCAUCUGAAGGUGCUCCAGACAUUCAACUCAAGAUGGUUCCCAAAAUGCUCAAGCCCUUGGUGCGAGAUUGGGUACCCGAUGCUUUUGUGGCCAGUUUCAAGCUGGAAACAGAUGAUGAAAUACUGAUUAAGAAAGCCAAAAAAGCCUUGGAGAUUUAUCAUCAUGAAUUAGUUAUCGCUAAUCUAUUGCAAACCCGGAAGGAACGUGUGGUGUUCGUCUCCAACGAUGCCGAAGAGAUUAUCCAAGUCUCCCAAGAAGAGAGAGAAGCAGGUACUGAAAUUGAAGCUAAAAUCGUCGACAGGCUAAUUGCACUUCAUCAAAGUUUUGUCGAAAAAUAAGCUUUUGGUAUCAUCUGCAAAAAAACAACAACAAUAUAUUAACAAAGUCUGGAAGGAAGGUGCUGUCUUAUCUCACUAUCCCUGACUCAUUUUCCAAAUUGUUGCAUGAGCCAACAUGUUGAUUGUUUUCAAAUACACCUAAAUGCGACUCGAA